CACUGUGAUCAUAUCUUGGUUUUUUUUGUUAAUCAAUCAAAGUCUCAAUGACUUCAAGUAAAUAUUUUCAAUUUGCUUAUUUUCUUCACUCUUUUCUUCUCUUCAUAAAAAAAAUUAUGGUUUUUAUCAGUCGCAAUCACACACUUUGCAUUUAUUAUCAAUUAAAGUUCAAUGAAGAAAACAGUAUUCAAGCUUUAGAAAAGUUUCAGGCAAUAAGCGAUGAACACGAAGUGUGCUAUUUAACUGAUUCCACAAUUCCCGUAUUUGUGUUGAAAGCGAGACUAUAUGGUAGUUCUUUUUUGUUCAAGGAAUAUUUCAAUGAAGAAGUGCCAAAAGAAAACGUUUCAAAUGAAUCUGUAACAAAGCUUGACAUAAUCUUGGGGGUUCUGUCUACACUUUAUUGAGAUUGUUUGAAUCAAACAAAUUAAAAAAUCUCAAAGGGGAAUCGUGGUAUUUGUCUCACCUCUGGCAAUUCAUUGAUACGACUUUUGAUAACAGCUGUGCAGAAAUUAUACUCAAGAUGGUAGCUUAUUUUGAGCGAUUUUUCCACUACAAGUGGACUCUUCUUUGAUCACGCUUCAUGUUAUUGUGAAAAGCAAAUUUAUUUAGAAAGGCACAAUUUAUCGU